AUGAAAAAGGAUGUCCAGACGUACAAGGAUGCAACGGAGGAGAUCGAAGGCUGCAUGGAAGACAGCGGGAUCAUGGUGAAGCUUGGCGAGGUUUUUACUCCCGUUGAUGAGGAUUCUGUGCUGGAGAAGCUUGCGAACCUCAUCGAGAAGUCUGAGGCUGCGUUGUCCCAAAAGUCGGACGAGAUCGAGACUGUGCGUGGUGAGCUGGACUCUCUGAAGAAGGUGCUUUAUUCCAAAUUCGGGACCAGCAUCAACCUGGAAAAGUGA